AAUGUUUGCGUAGCGAACCUUGCUUUGUGACACAUGCUUCUAUGCAUACAUAGAUAUUUGUUUACCUCCCCAGUAACAAAACGUCACUGAAUUAUUCUAAAUACAUAUAAGGAGAGUGCACAAUUUCCCCUUUGACUAGAGAUUUUCAACAUUCUAACAAUUCAUAAUUUUCACUUAAUAUAUAGUUGUAACCUUACUUUUAAAGAAAUGUGCAGACAAAUUAUUUUCAUACUUUUUCUAAUUUUUGGCGGAACAGGUAGCGAUGCAAAUGGCAUGGUCCAUUCUGGAAUUGCAAAAAUAUUGCGAAACAUUGAAAGCUUGAUGGCACAAAAACUUAGCGAGGGUGUCGAGGUGGAUAAUUCAUUCAUUCCAAUAUAUUCAGAUCACGAUAGUCACCCAAGUAGUCGGGGAUGUCCCAGUCCGACCAAUAAACAGGCAUGGGUCAAAUUUGGCACUCCACCACGCUGCUACCUGACCGGAUAUCAAGGCCCAUGUCCUCUCCAUAUGAAAUUGUUCUAUAAUAUAAAUUCCCCCGAAUUCGGGUAUUGUCAAUGCGACUGCUUCCCUAGCAAUGUCACCUCUCGAGACGAGUACUACUGCAUGCGGAACGUGACGGAUUCGAAUUACGGAACAGAAUUGCGAGCGUAUGGGUUUUACGCGGAUACGAAAUUGUGCUACCCACUUUUUUCUCAGGGUCCCUGCAAAUCUGACGAGUGGUUCGUCAUGGACUCUUCAGAGAAAAUAUCCACCUGCGAAAAGAGACCCUGUCGACCUCCCAGAGACUCAAACGAGUUGAUGUUUUUUUCCAACGGUACGAAAUCUUGUCAGAAGCUGCAUGCCGGAUGUCGUCCUGAGUCUCCGGACGAUUCCGCCAAUUAUAAGUUCACCUUUGUGCGAGGGACUUGGAUUCCGCAGUGCAUUAUGUAUCUCGGAGGGGGAGGAGGUUUUGUGGGGUCGGUUGGUGAAUUAGAUUGUCAAGAAGGAUUCACCUUUUCAAAAUUGUUGCAAAAGUGUGUACCACCAUUUAAAAAGUUGCGUGGAAAUGUUGGAUGAAUUGUAAACGAUAAAAUACUUUAUAAAUUAUUUUACCGUUUGCAAUGGUUUUAACAACAAAUAUCAUACAUGAUAUUUGUUGUUAAAUCCAUAUUAAAUGUACAUGAAAUGCAAGUUAAAAUAAUAACAGUUUGAUGAUCAAUGUGUAUAUUUAGCAGUGAGAGGGAAUUAAUUUGGAAAACUUUGUCAACAAUGAAACUGUCAACAAUGGAGAAAUUGGAAUUGUUUUUCUGACCUUGUGACCUUCAUUUCGAGAAGGAUAGAAUUUUCAAAUUAAAUAGGUCAAAAACUGGUAUAGAGUAAUGAAAGUUCUCAAUAUUACCUACAUAAUCGGUUACUGGGAUAAGAACAUAAGCGCAAAGUUUCGUAACUCAUCAACAAAGUUGGGGUAGAAUAUGUCGUCGUUUAAGGAACAACGCGACAAUGAGGAAUCCGCACGAAUUUACUUACUUUUACCUUAUCAAUCGGCACAGGUCGCCCCAAUAAAUUCUGCCUGUCUCAUAAAUUACCUUGCUGAAUAAUUCGUAUGCAUAAGCCUAUCCUCUUGAUCUCAAGGUGGUGUUGUACAAGAGUAAUGGUCUGUUCAUAAAGGUCCCCGAUAUGUAGACCGUCUUCUCGGGCAAAGGGGAAAUAAAAUUGGGUCUUAAACUUUAACCAACAACGACGAUCUACAUACAUAAUACGGUAACAAUGACUAUGUAUCCAAAUACAUACAUUAUGUUUGCAUCUAACCAUAGUAGUGCAUUAUGUAACAUACCGUAUAUAAUGCGCUACCAUGGUUACUUUACUAGUAAGAAACAAAAACUGUAAAUGACAUGUUUCUGCAGAAGUAAUUUUCAAGGAAAUAAAAAAUUCCUGACGCUAAAAUAAAUAAACUGACGAAGUAAAAGAAAAUGAACCUAAAUAUUUACUCACAUGCAUGAAAAUGUAUGUAUGCAGUUUCAAUGCAAAUAAAAUGAAAUCCUUCACCCUAACCUAAAUGAAAUCCGAUCCUAUAAGGUUCUGUGCAUAAAAUAUGUUAUCCUUUUCAGGCAGCAUCCUUCCCAUUUAACCUUUUCCUUCGUAUGAAAAUUCUCAAAAAUAUCCCGUUGCUGCGGAAUAGCAACGCUUCGCGACCACACUUGUGGCGUAGCAAUUUUUUAAUUACCAAAGCAUUAUCACGGAGCAAAUGUAAAUUUUAGUGAUGUGUUCCAUGGAUAUAUUUCCAAAAUUAUUCAA